AUGGCUUCCCCAGACAAACCUCAGAUCCUUCUGCUCUGCCUCGCCUACCGACCCAGCCUCGACCUAAUGUACCCCUCGCUCUUCAGAAGACUCUCCGAAGUUGCGCACGUCAAGCGCGCAGAAAACCCAACAACCGCACUCCGAGAAAUGGCCGAGAACACCUUCAAAGUAAUCAUAUUCGCAGACGAGGGCCUGGCCGACUACCCCGUCCUCGACCACCUGGAAGUACUGGACAAAGUCAAGGCUUACGUUCAGAAUGGUGGCAUUGCCAUAGUGGGCCUGCACUUCCCUUGUGCAUCCCAAACCUCGAUUGAUAUGUUCUUCAAGCACUUUGACCUUCCUUGGUGGUGUGGUAGUUAUUACCUCACAGACGUACAGCUUAAUCCGUCUGCCGACUUGCCUGAGGGUACUGCGACGUCUUCGUUACCCGAGACGCAUACAAUGAGGGCUCUCCAUGUGGCAAACGCUGGAGCUCGGGAAAGGGUGUAUGUUCCUGUCGAGGGCAAGACGAAGCCGACUUUUGGUUUGGACCCGGAGGAAUCGGUUACUCAGGCUGUUGUUGCUGCGGCGAGAAUUGGCCAGGGGUAUCUUGUUUACUGUGGCGAUGUUAAUCCCGAGCAAGCGUCGGGUCAUGUCAUAUUGGCGUUCUGUGGGGUUGAGAUAUAG